AUGCAGCCCAGCCGUGCUUCCUCAGCACAGAUGUUGCUGACGACGAAGGGCGAGCAUUGCAGCCAGAUAUCCACCCUCCAUCACGACACGCUCCACACGCCUCUGCCUUCGGCGGCACGACGUUUUUUUCAGCAUCGGCCCCCUGUGGGCGAAGGGCGAGCAGUGCAGCCGGCAAGUGGCCCCGUUGGUCGCGGCUUUUUUGCCUUGAUCUCAGACUGCCCAUACGAUGAGCCGCAAGCCUUCACUCGCUGUCGAAGGCCUCUGCAGAGGGGCCUGGUAUCUCGCGCGAUGAUCAGGUGCCAAGCAAGGGCUUGUCAGCAUCCUGAAAUCCGGUUGAGGGCCGAGGGCGAACACCGCAGCCGGCACGCGGACCUCGCACCUCUGGGAUCCAAGCGAAAAAGGGAGGCAGCCGGGACAUUCGCAGACAAAGACCUGUCAGCGACAUCUGAUGUGUGGAAAGCCUGCUUCGGCCAAGAUGGCAACUUCAAGGUCAUCGUAGAAGAGCCCGCGACUGAAGUUCCCAAAGAUCUUGAAGUUGAGGCGAUGGCAAAGCGCACGGAGUUUAAGGUCUGGGCUUCCCUCCUUGCAAAUUGGUCUCCCGUUUUUGAGACGAUGAUCCGCUCCGAUAAGUAUGCAGAGUCGCAACAAGCCCAAGUCGUCAUCCAAGACUUCUCGGCUGGUGCUGUCGAGAUCUUCCUGCGCUUCCUGUAUUGUGGGAGCGUCGAGGGCUCUGCCAGAGCUCUGCUGGAGGUGGCUCGGUUGGCAGACAAGUACCAGGUCAAGGCACUGCAGGAGCUUUGCAUGCGGCUGGUUAAGCGGGCCCUCACAGCCUUCACAGCCUGCGAAAUCUUGGCUUCUGCAGACCGGUUCCACAUGGAUGACUUGCGCGUAGAGGCACUCGAACUCAUCUACACGAAGCCCGAAGAGGCCCUGCAAGAGCGUCCGGCGCUCCGGCAGGAGCUUUUGGAGGAGAUCCUGGGCUCAGGGCUGCUGUGCAUGGAAGCAGAUGCUCUGAGGAAGAUCCUCCAAAGCUGGGGAGGGAAGGACUACGACUCUUUAGCAUCGUUCAUCAGCAUCCGAGUACGUAGUCAGCACACCAACGACGUGCUGGGCACACUUUAUAAGCGUUACAAUCUGGCCGGGACCCGGAAGAAGUGCGUUUUCGUCGGAUGGUGGGUAGUGGUGAUCCUGGGGCCUGAGCAGCGUGAGGCCUAUACCAUGGAACAGCUCCAAAUUAUCGCAUCUGGUCAGGGGAGUUUCGGUGCAUUCACUCUCGGAAAAGGGUGGGUGCAGUGGCUGAUUCCCCAUGCUUGGGUUUACCUGCAGGGCUUUUCCUUCGGCGUUGAUGACGAUUCGGAUUUCGGCAUACCCCCCUCGACAUCCUUCCGGAUCUGGUGCUCCGAAAACGGCGUGAACUGGCACCUAGCUUACGAGUCGCACAAGAAGCUGAUCACCCCAGGCACCUACCUGGCUUGCAAAAGACCUCCAGGCCUUGUAAAGUGGUUCAAACUGGAAGUCCUGGAAAUGGCCUUGCUUCCCCGGUCCGAAAACGUUGUCGAAUCGGACGAUGCUCGCUUGAUCUGGUGCUUUCAGCAUCCGCAUCCGGAGUUGGUGCAGCUGACGAAGGCGAUCGUUGUCCACAAGGAUCUGUCUGCUGCAUCUGACGUUUGGAAUGCCUGCUUCGGCAAGGACGGCAACUUCACGGUCGUCGUGGAAGAGCCCUCGUGCGAAGCUUGUGAGGAUAGUGCAGGUCGGGCGGCGACAAAGCGCGCAGAGUUCAAGGUCUGGUCUUCCCUCCUUGGCAAGUGGUCUCCCGUCUUUGAGAAGAUGGUCGACUCGGACAACUAUGCCGAGUCGCAGAAGUCGGAGGUGGUCAUCACAGACUUCUCGGCCAGUGCUGUUGAGAUCUUCCUGCGCUUCAUGUAUUCAGGGAGCAUUGGGUGCUCUGUGACCUCAAUGGUGGAGGUGACUGCAAUAGCAGACAAAUACCAGGUCGAGGCAUUGCGGUCUUCGUGCUUGCGUCUUGUUCGGCAGGCACUGAAACCUGAGGUAGCGUGUGAGAUCUUCGCUGCUGCAGACCGGUUCUGCAUGGAGAACCUGCGAGCAGAGGCGCUCGAUCUCAUCUUCACCAAGCCGAAAGAGGCCUUGACAAAGCGGCCGAAUCUCCGAGCAGAGCUCUUGGAGGAGAUCCUGGGCUCAGGUCUAUUGUGCAUAGAAGCCGAGGCUCUCAGGAAGACCAUCCAAAGCUGGGGAGGAAAGGACUGUGAGACGCUGACAUCGAUCAUUGACAUCCGAACGAGAAACGAGUUUACGAUAGACGCGCUGGGAGUUCUCUGGUGUCGCUACAAACGAGCCGGCAAGAAGGGCGUCUUUGUGGGCUGUUGGGUGUCGAUCAUGCUGGGCCGUGAGCAGGGGGAAGCCUGCACCGCGGUUGACCUCGAACAAAUAGCGUCCAACGGUUCCAUCCAGCUCACCCUCCGAAAAGGGUGGGUGCAGUGGCUGCUUCCGCAUGCCUCGGUUCAUCUUCAGGGCUUUUUCUUGGUUCAGAAGAUAUCGGACUCGACGUGCUUCCGGAUAUGGUGCUCCAAAGACGGCGUGACCUGGCACCUCGGCUACGAGGCGCACAAGAAGGAGAUCGGACCUCGCAGUUUCCUGGCUUGCAGGAGACCGCCAGGCCUUGUAAAAUGGUUCAAACUGGAAGUGCUGGAAGGCGAGCUUGCCAACUUCAAAUUUUGCAUCUGCGGAUCCAAGCGGAAGAGGGAGACGGAGGCCAUCGUCGCAGACGAGGAUCUUUCUGCCGCAUCUGACGUGUGGAAGGCUUGCUUUGGCAAGGACGGCAAUUUCACAGUCAUCGUGAAAGAAGCAGCGCAUGAUGCUGCCGAAGUCGGCUCGGACAGCUAUGCCGAGUCGCAGAGGUCGCAGGUCGUCAUCACAGACUUCUCGGCCACUGCUGUUGAGAUCUUCCUGCGCUUCAUGUUCUCCGGGAGCGUUGGGGGCUCUGUGACGGCAAUGGUGGAGGUGGCUGCAAUGGCCGACAAAUAUCAGGUGGAGGCGUUGCAGUCUUUGUGCUUGCAACUUGUCCGGCAAGCGCUGAAACCUGAGCUGGCAUGCAAAGUCUUUGCCGCCGCAGACCUCUUUCACGUGGCUGCGAUAAGAACAGAAGCGCUCGAUCUGAUCUUCACCGAGCCUGCGGAGCUCCGCAGGCUCGCUGAAGAUCAGAUCGAGCGCUUCUGUUCUUAUCGCCCUGAAAGCCUGCUGUGCAUAGAAGAGGAAGCGCUGAAAGAGAUCCUCCGUGGCUGGGGCGAGAAGGACUUUGCACACCUCGAGCCGAUCAUUAGCAUCCCGGCUCGCAAUGAGCACAGCCACGAUGUGCUGGGCACGCUCUGGGAUCGCUACGAAAGCGCCGGGUGUAACGGUGCCUUCCUGGGCUGUUGGGUGGUGGUGAUCCUGGGCCUCGAGCAUGCCUUGGAAUUCACUACGGCUCAGCUCGAAAAGAUGGCAUCCAAUCAACAACAUUCCCGAUUCCGACAAGGGUGGGUGCAGUGGCUUCUUCCCCAUUCCCGGGUUCAUCUUCAGGGCUUUUCCUUCAGUGAAGACGUACCGGACUCCGCAUCUUUCCGGAUUUGGUGCUCCGAAGACGGCGCGACCUGGCACCUCGCCUACGAGUCGCAUAGGAAGGAGAUCGGAGCUGGCACUUUCCUGGCUUGCAAAAGACCUCCAAACCCUGUGAAGUGGUUCAAGCUCGAAGUCCUUGAGGGUGAGCAUUUCUAUGACCUCAACAUUCAGGGCAUUUUGCAGACGGGAAGGGAAGCGGUGGAUGACGUGGUGUUCCAUCUGACCGCCUGGGUUGGCUUGCAAGCGGCUGGCCCAGCAAAGAUUUGGCAAGCAGGAGAUGGCACGGAUGGGGCAGACGACAUCAAAACAGCAGAAUUUCGAGUGUGGUCGGUGUUGCUCUCCAAGUGGUCGCCGGUAUUUGACAAAAUGAUAAGUUCGCCGGACUUUGUGGAGGCCAACGAAAGCCAGGUGGUCAUCGCAGACUUCUCGGCGGAUGCUGUGGAGACGUUUCUUCGCUUCCUCUACUCGGGGGCCAUCGAGGGCUCCUUGGCGACGCUGGUGGAGGUGGCAGCCAUGGCGGACAAGUACCAGGUUGAUGAGCUCUUGGUUCUCUGCACGGAGGUCCUCCAAGAGCAACUCACUCAGCGGCCCGACAUGGCGUGCGAGCUCUUCGCUUGUGCCGACCGCUUUCAGGUGGCGAACCUUCGCUUGGAGGCGCUGGAGCAGAUCUGGAUCCAUGCCUCCAAGGCACUGCCCCGCACGCGGCCCAACUUGAGCGCCAAGCUGCUGGACGAGGUAUUGAACUUGGACUUGCUGUGUGCGGAGACGGAAGAGAUUCGUGAGAUUCUGACGAGCUGGGAGGGCAGCAGGAAGCGCAAGGCGACGGUGAUCAAGGAGGAGGAUGCAGGGGACGAGGCAGACCUGUUCGUUGCCACGACGAACAAGCACAUCGAACGAUUGAAUCGUCCAUGGCGGCGCACGCCGGAACACAGCAACAACGUCCUGCAGUCUUUAUGGCUCGACUAUGAAAAAUCUGGCAAGACUGGAGCAUUCUUGGGCUGCUGGGUGUCAAUGGUUCUUGGACCAGACAGUGCACUCUCUGCAAGCCCAUCCCUGCUCGAAGCGUACGCUGCAAAUGUUGAACCGAUAAACCGCUGCAUGGACUAUGUGAUUUGGAUGCUGCCGCACUCCUCUGUAUACAUCAUGGGUUUUUCCUUCCUCCACGAAGUGCUGAGUUUCACGAAGUUCAAGAUCUACUGCUCCGAAGACGGCUCUGCGUGGCACGAGGUGUUUUGCUCUUCUCGACAGAUUCCGAAGGGCGAGGUCGUGGUAUGCAAGAGGCUACCUCACAUGGUGAGGCUCUCAGCUGCCAACCAUGCACGUCUGCAUGCGAGCGUCAUCGACUACAACGUCGUCAUCACAGCCUGCGGCAGAGGAGGCCAAUGGCGCGGUGCACGAGGCCUCCUUCGCCUCCUCCACCAGCGCGGCCUGCGCAGCAGCCUGGUGUCCUUCAACGCGGCCAGCAGCGCUUGCGAACGAGGCGGCGCCUGGCAGUGGUGCUUAACGCUCUUGGCCGAGCUGGCCGCAUCUCAGCAUCGCCCUGACGAAGUUAGCCGCACAGGCGCCGUGACGGCAUUGCAGUCAGGCGGACAUUGGGCCCAGGCGCUAGACACCUCGGAGGCCUUGGGUGCGAACGUCGUGGCGAGAAGUGCGGCGAUGAGAGGGCAGGUUUGGUGGCGAUCCCUGUGCCUGCUGAAGGAGCUCGAGAGCGGCUGCAGGACGGAUGCGGUUUCUUACCUCGCAGCUUUGACUUCCUUGGCCUCAUCAUGGGUGGAGUCGUUGGCCUUGCUGCAGGACCAAAGCCUGCGUCUGGGACUGUCUCUCCAAGCGGCCGUGGCAGCCCUGGGCGCCGGGGCCCGAAGCAGGUACUGGCGCUUAGCACUGGCAUUGCUGUCGUUGCUUGCGCUGCAGCGGAUACGGACCACCGCAGUGGCGCACAGCAUUGCGGAAGCUGCAGGACCUUGGCACCGUGCGACAUCCUUGACAGCCGCCGUGUCGUCUUCCAGGGAAGGAGAUUGGCAAUACAUCAGCAGCCUGCUGCAGCUGAUGCGACGGGCACAAGUACAGAGAAAUGAGUUCAUUUUCAGCUCUGCCACCUCAGCGCUGUCCAAGGCAGCCCGCUGGGGCGAGGCUUUGCUGCUGACUCCGACGAAGCUGGGCAUCGAAGCGAAUCUGAUCUUUCGAGGGGCAUCGCUUCCCCGGGGUGCAUGGCCGCAGGUCCUCGUGCAUGUUGCGGCGCUGUCGCAGGAAGGCCUCGCGCCAAACGCUGUGAUCCUCGGCUCGGGCGCUGACCUCUGCGCGAAGCAGAGUGACUGGCUCCGAGCAGGGAUGCUCCUUGCAGACCUCCGAGGCUCUGGCGUUCGCUGUGACACCGUAGCGGUCAAUGCAGCCCUCGGUCCCAGCUGGAGUGACGCCAUCGCUUUGAGCAACGACGCGCUCGCUCGCGGUCUCGACGCCAACGUUGCAACGUACGGCGCCCUCAUUGGUGCUUGCGAGACUCCGGGCCGGUGGGAGACAUCUCUGCAGCUCCUUCAGAAAGCCGCCAGGGCAGCUGUGGCAGACGGGAUCAGCUUCCAGUCCGCCAUCGCUGCUUGCGCCUAUGCUGGGUUCAGCUUCCAGUCGACCAUCGCUGCCUGCGCAGAUGCGGAGCACCGAGACGAGCAGAGCCAGAAAAGCGGCACCUACCGAGAGGCCUCACCGACGGUGCGGAAGAAGAAGAAAAGGUCCAAGAAGGUGCGGCUGCAUCCUAUCGAUACCCUUCAAUGUAGUCCCACAUUGAGCUGA